GUGUUUUUUAUACAGAUGUCAUCUUCUAUAAUAUUUGUCGGGCUACCAGAGGAUUCAAGGAGCUCUAUAGCAAAGACUGUGUCAGCAAUUGAACUGGACAGCGUUGACGAGCUGGUCUCCACUAUUGACCUGGAGAACUCGGCUGUGAACACGUGUGUGAAGCGAAUUGAGAGAGGAGUUCCCAAUGCCCCAAAGAGCUGCAUCGCGGAGAUAUUCAACACGGACGCAGUGGAUGGCGGCAGUCCCGUCAAGAACGGCUCGACACGCUCUCGCUCUGUGAAGGACACACCCACUCGCCCCAGGGACACGCAUUCCAGGCUCUUCGGACAGAACGCAUCAGCCUCCGUGACUCCAAUGAUAACGGACACAAUUCGCAGCAACAUUCAGUUUGGUGACGGCGCAGUGAACGGCGGAAGUCCAGCUCACUCGCCCAAGAUGAACGGAAGCGCUUCAUCUACGCCCAGCAGAGGUGAGGGCGAAGCGGCAUCUAACUUAACGUACACGACGCCACCGAAGAGGAACCCCGUGACUGGCGACGGAGUGCUCCUCCCACCGGUGCGACGCAGACACCCGCAGGCCCAACGAGAGGGAAAUCCGAUAACCGGCGUCGGCUACAAAUCAUUGAACGGUCAAAUCAACACGGUUACGUCGAUAAACGGAAACAGCAGCAUUCUUCAUAACCGAGUCCCACCCGGGGGUUACUCAUCCGGUCUAUGGUAAUCUGACAGACGACAUUCAGCAAACAUACGAAACCUCCUUCGAUAAAUUAAUGACAGCAGAUUGGCGCCAUUUUUUACAAGUUCAUAGAAAUACUGGCCGUUUGAUGUUAAAAAAUUAUGUUUGACUGAAACUGAAUCGCUGUUUAAUGUAACAUAUUUAACGUAAAUUAGUGACGUAGUUAAAGUCGUCAAUCUAUUGUCAUUGAAGAUUUUCUAAAUCUAGAGCUAUCUAAUUUAAAAUAAGUAUUCGCAUUUGCAAUAUAUUCCAUUACGGUAAAUAUAAAACUUUUAAUCUACUAAAUUUAAGCUGGAUUUUCUUUAUUUUAUCUCGCACAUUUAAUAACGUCCAAAAGGGUAUAUGUUCAAAAAUCCUUAGCCUAUCCCAGACAUUAUUUAAUUUAGACAAAUAUUUUUGUAAUAUUCGGUUAGUUAUAGACUCCUUGUUGACGCAUAUUUUAAAAAUAACUGUCCCUUGCAAAGACCGAAUUCAUAAAGGCAGCUUAAUUUAAGAAAUUAAAAUAUUAUCUUCUUUACUAUAAUAUAUACGGAGAUUCUAUAAGAGCUCUUAAAAUUAAUUGCCUUAGACAUUUGGUUAUUUUUAAAAUACAUUCGUCGAUUGUAUUGAUAAGGAAAGAAACAUUUCUAACACAGCGCAUCAAUUGUAAUUGAAUCAGGAGUGAGGAUGUAUCAGCAAUAUACCAAAACGAAUAGUGCCUUGAUUGGUGAUUUGAAAGUUCUAUAAGCAAAGAUUAGAUGCGUGAAUACGAAAGUGAUUAUAUUAUCUAUAUUUGACAGUAUAGAAAUAGUAAUCAUGUGGCACACAGGCUACAUAUUAAAUUAACAUUUAUUCGAAAUAAGUAUCAUUAAUCUGGUUUGUUGAAUUUCAUUAUCGUAAUUUAAAUAGAGGGUUUUAUAGAUUGCAUUUAUUUUGUCUGUUUAUAAAUUUUUUUUAGUUUAUUUUCUACUCGUUUAGUAUUAAUUUGAAUUUUGGUCGAUUAUCUGUUAACAAAGGAUCAUAGUAAUGUUUGUGUGUUGAUAACGAAUAGACUUAGUGUAGGCAUAUCGACCGUGUUCUGUCUUAUAACCCUGAAGCACUGGCCUAACCCUAUCAUGUUAAUAGAUAAUAACCACUAUUUGAAAAUAAAGUUUUUUAAUAAU